UUUUACUGAAAGGUGGUAAAGUUUCUUACUACCAUUUUAAAACAACUAAAUUCUUAAAUCAGGGUUGGGUCUAAGCUAGAGGAGACCGCCUGACCAUUUCCUACUGGAGUUUUACCGGGAAACAUCUAGAGGGAAACUUGGUAGGAGAAAAUGAGAUCUGGCUUGCAACUAACCGCCAUGCUUUAUUUUGAGAAAAUGUACAGACUCGUGGAAAAGGGAAUUUAAAUAUUGACCAGGGACCAUGUCUGUAUUUCUCAGUAACUUGUCGACAAAUGACUCUAGCCUGUGGAAGGACAACGAUAAUUCUACGGACCUUUUAAACCCUCCAGGAACUCUGAAUGUCUUCCUUUUUUGCCUGACAUGCUUAAUGGCUCUUGCAGCCCUGGCGGGCAGCAUCUAUUCACUAAUUUCCCUGCUGAAAAUGCAGAACAGAACAGUUGUGUCCAUGCUUGUGGCUUCCUGGUCUGGCGAUGACCUCAUGAGCGUCCUGUCGGUGACCAUCUUCAUGUUCUUGCAGUGGCCACAUGAGACCCCUGGCUACUUUCAGGCUCUGUGCACCACCUCUGCCUUACUGUAUACAUGCCAGGGCCUCUCCAGCAACUUGAAGGCGACUCUCCUCGUCUCCUACAACUUUUACACCAUGCACAGGGCCGUGGGGAGCCAGGCAGCCUCCAGGAGAGCCGGCCAGGUGUUCGGUGUGGCGCUGACCGUGUGGGCGGCCAGUCUGCUGCUAGCCGCGCUCCCGCUCUGCGGCUGGGGCGCCUUCGUGCGCACGCCCUGGGGCUGCCUGGCGGACUGCUCCAGCUCCUACGUGCUGCUGCUCUUCGCCGUGUACAGCUUGGCCUUCGGGCUCCUGGCCGGCCUCUCGGUGCCGCUCACUCAUCAGUUGCUUUGUUCCGAGGAGCCGCCCAGACUCCACGCCAACUACCAGGAAAUUUCCCGCGGAGCUUCCACUCCCGGGACCCCUUCGGCCGGGGGCAGAGUGCUCUCCCUGUCCCCCGAGGAGACCCCGGGCCCGGCCCUGCGCUGCUCCCGGGGAUGCGCCCCGAGCUCCGACACCGAGUUGGCACCCGGGCGGCCGGCGAGCACCGGGCCGGACCCGGGGCGUGGCGCCGCUGCAGCCGCUGGGGCGGGAGCCUGCAGGCGUGAGAACCGGGGAACCCUCUAUGGCUCCAGGAGCUUCACCGUGAGCGUCGCUCAGAAGCGCUUCUCCCUGAUCCUAGCGCUGACAAAAGUCAUCCUCUGGCUGCCCAUGAUGAUCCACAUGGUGGUCCAGCACGCGGUGGGGUUGCAGAGCCUUCCCUUCCAGACUCUCAGCUUUCUACUAACCCUGCUGGCCGCCACGGUUACUCCAGUGUUUGUCUUGUCCAAACGCUGGACCCACCUGCCCUGUGGGUGCAUCAUCAACUGCAAGCAGAACGCCUAUGCGGAUGCAUCAGAAGGCCUUGAAAUAUCCAAAAGAAGCUUUGAGUUCAAUCUAUCGUUCCAACGAAGCUAUGGAAUUUACAAGAUAGCACAUGAAGAUUACUAUGAGGCUGAUGAAAAUUUUGUAUCCUAUCACAACCUGAUGAACUAUGAUCGUGAAACUACAAAGGACUCUCAGAGAGACACCCGCAAUUUCUUCAAUGCCGUCAAAGUGGAAAUCAGCACCACACCCUCUCCGGACAGCUCCACAUUGAAGGGUAUCAACAAAUGCACGAAUACUGAUAUAACAGGUGGGAGAUAUGGUUCUGACAAAGAUGAGGGCGUCGACUCACCAUUUUCUGACAAAACAGGAGGUGAUGUUAACUAUGAAGAAACUGCCUUUUUGGAAGGGCCAGAAAGAAGACUUUCUCACGAGGACAAUCAGAAACCAGACCUUUCAGACUGGGAGUGGUGUAGGAGUAAAUCAGAAAGAACCCCUCGUCAGCGUCCUGGCGGUGCCCUGGCCAUCCCUCUGUGUGCAUUCCAGGGCACCGUGUCUCUCCAGGCUCCUACUGGGAAAACCCUGUCGCUUUCCACCUAUGAGGUAAGCGCAAAAGGGCAAAAAAUCACCCCAGCAUCUAAGAAAAUAGAAGUCUACCGAUCCAAAAGCGUUGGCCACGAACCAAACCCGGAGGAUUCUCCCUCCACGUUUGCAGACGCCAGUGUGAAGAUCCACUUGGAAGUUCUCGAGAUCUGUGAGAACGAAGAGGCCUUGGACACUGUGUCAAUCAUCAGUAACAUCAGUCAGUCCUCCGCACAAGUCAGGUCUCCCUCCCUGCGCUACUCGAGGAAAGAAAACAGAUUCGUUUCCUGUGAGCUGGGGGAAACCGCUUCAUACUCCCUCUUUCUGCCCACCAGUAACCCUGACGGUGACAUUAAUAUCUCCAUCCCAGACACUGUUGAAGCUCACAGGCAGAACAGUAAAAGGCAGCACCAGGAGAGGGAAGGCUACCAGGAGGAAAUCCAGUUGUUAAACAAAGCUUACAGGAAAAGAGAGGAAGAAAGCAAGGGUGACUAGUAAUCGUUUGGUCUAAUAAAUGCUAGAAUGGCUCCGUAAGGUGAAGCUGUUAAACGAACACCUUUGUUCUGAGGCGAUUUGAUUUCCUUUUUUAUUUGUUGGUUUACGUAAGCUUUACAGAUUUCCUGUUUGAUUCUUUUUAGGGCCAACAGCUGCAACCAGCGCAGACACUUAAGUGCAUUUGAUGUGUUAACCUACAGAUCGCACACUGUGGCAAUUAAAAGAGUUGGUUUCUUACCUGAUUUCUAAAAAUGUUUUCUAAAUCAAACCAUGGUCUCACUAACAUUUUAGUCUGUGCGUGUCACCCUCAGAGUAAACCAAAAAUUGUAUAAACUCAGCACAUACUGGUCCUACAUACAUGUUUCCACACACA